UGCGCGUGGUGUAGAGCACGGAAUAUGGCGGCCUGCAUCUGAUGGCAAAAGAAGGAUCUGACGCGAAUACCUUCUCGAAACUGUAACCAGAUCGGGACUACAACUACGUUACUAAGUCUUUGGCCGUGCUGUGUUCUUACCGUGGGGCUCAGCACCGCGUCGGUAGUGGCACAUUGACCAGUCUGGGGUCCCCUCACCUGGCACCUGGUGGUACCAUCGGUCAAAAUGGGCCGAACACCUCAGAAAGAGCCAAAAGAAGAGAGGAGGGAGAAACCUGAGAGAAGUAACCCCUCUCCAGGAACCGGUCCCCCCUCUCUGGAUAAAUCUAAUGAACCCUUCAGUUGGGAGGAGUACCUUAAGGAAACGUCAUCCACAGCCGCUUCUCCCAGCUGUUUCAGACAGUCCCGUUUCCCUCCCAGUAAUGACUUCAAGGCUGGUAUGAAGCUGGAAGCCCACGACCCUCGGAACAACACGUCCAUCUGCAUCGCCACGGUGAUGGGUAUGAUGGGUACGCGCCUGCGUCUCCGUCUGGACGGGAGUGACAACACCAACGAUUUCUGGAGACUGGUGGACUCCUCAGACAUUCAGCCUAUAGGGACCUGUGAGAGGACAGGAGACAUGCUGCAGCCACCUCUGGGCUUCAGAAUGAAUGCCUCCUCGUGGCCUAUGUUCCUCCUGAGAACCCUGACUGGAGCAGAGAUGGCACCAGCCACAGCUUUUAAAAAGGAACCCUCCAUGCCCUCCCAGAACCUCUUUAAACCUGGGAUGAAGCUAGAAGCAGUGGACAAGAAGAACCCCUACCUGAUUUGCCCGGCAACCAUCGGAGAGGUCAAAGGUGAUGAGAUCUUUGUGAUGUUUGACGGCUGGAGAGGGGCCUUCGACUACUGGUGCCAGUUUGACUCCAGAGACAUAUUCCCUGUAGGAUGGUGUUCUCUGACCAGGCACAGCAUCCAGCCUCCUGGCAACUUCUUCACCCUCCCCAAGGCCCUCUUCCUCCCAGCCUCCUCCUCUCCCCCCACCCCCUCCAGACGCUCCAUGCAGUCCCCCUCCUCCUAUCGCCUGCCCCACCCGCUGCCCCCUCUGCCCGUGCGGAAGGGGGUCCGUGGCCGGCGCCCCAAACUGCAGACCAUCGCCCUGCUCAAGGCAGCGGCGGAGGCAGCAGCAGAGGCUGCUCUGAAUGGUACGCCACAGGUCUCCGGCUCCCAGCUAGCACCCAGACCCCAUAAGAAGAGGGGGCCCAAGCCCGGGAGCAAGAGGAAGCCACGUGUGCUGCCCUCCUCGGGGACAGGCUCUGUAUAUACUACAGCUUCUGAGACCAGACUGAUCAACCUUCAUGGACCAAAGGACAACAAUCUCAGCUCCAGCCCUGGAGUGGUCUCCACAGUGUGUGUGUACGUGAACAAGCACGGCGCCUGCGGCCCACACCUGGACAGGAAGCAGUUGCAGCAGCUGCCGGACCACUUUGGGCCGGGUCCGGUCAACACUGUCCUACAGCAGGCUGUUCAGGCAUGUGUGGACUGUGCCUACCAGCCUACCUUCCUCUUCAGCUUCCUACAGUCCCAGUCCGACGGAGGAGAGAUCAUCAGAGUGCGCUCUGAUGGGGGGAUCCACUAUGUCAAGCUGCCCCAGGCCUCCUCUGCCUCCUUCGUGCUCAGGUUCAUGGAGACUCUGUGUCACCAGCUGCAGAGUGACAACCUGUUCUCCUCCCAACCCUUCAGCCCUGCAUUCAUGGCCUCCACUGGACACACAGCCUACGACAGGAGCACGUCAGUAAAAGAAGAGAUGUCAGAGGCCUUGUCCAUAGCCAGAGGCGCCGUAGGAAGGAGCAGGCGCUUCCAGAUGGACAGAGACAGGGACUGUAACCUUUACCCUGCCCCCCUGUCCUCCUCCAAACGUCUGCACAGCACAGAGGCACACCCCUCGGAAGAGCCCCUUCCUCGCAGUGAGAACGGUUUGACUGAGGACCCUAUGGACACCUCCACCUCUCCCUCCAUGACCCCUCGCCCCCUGACACAACGCACCACCUCAGAGUACCGUGGCCAGGGGUCCAGCAGCCCCUACUACCCUGGGUCUGGCCCUGGUCACCCCCCACCACCACCCCUCAGGCGCCUGGCCCCCAUCCCUCCCGACCUGGGGUCCAGAGGGCUACAGAGAAGAGUGGAAGCUGCGAGCUCCACCACAGGUCCUGAGCACCUGGCAGCUGCAGACCGGGAGGCUGCAGCGGGGAACGGGGCCGGGAACGCCCCUUCCUCCUGGUCUGUGGAUGAGGUGAUGCAGUUCGUCCACGACGCCGACCCCCAAACACUCGGACCCCACGUGGAGCUCUUCAGAAAACACGAGAUCGACGGAAAGGCGCUGAUGCUUCUACGUAGUGACAUCAUCAUGAAGUACAUGGGUCUGAAGCUAGGCCCCGCCCUCAAGCUAUGUCACCACAUCGAGAGGCUCAAACAGACCAAACAGUAACACUCUCUCUCACACACACACACACACACACACACACACACACACACACACACACACACACACACACACACACACACACACACACACACACACACACACACACACACACACACACACACACACACACACACACACACACUAGAAUGGGAAGAUCAUCUUGGCUGUGAAACCCUAAGCACAAUGAGUCCUUAAUCAUUCCUUUGCAGAGACCCUCAUAGCUCAUCCUGUGAUGAAGAGCAUUCAGAGAAACAGUAUGGACGUCAGUAUGAACGUUAGUACAGAGAAACACUAUGAACCAACUUCACUCUACUAUUCUUUAGAAUAGACUCAGCUGAAUCCCAAAGGAUGAUGUUGAGUGUUUACCUACCUAUGCAUUGUCCAUGUACACCUUCUGUCAACCCUUACCUACUUAGCCUGGUCCCAGAACGUUCUGUAAAAAACAAACAGAUCUGAGACCAGGCUACUGUCAGCCGUGGAGGCCUGGAGAUGCAAGGAGCCGUCUCCACACAACCCCCAAUGGCAUGUACUGCUUGUUGCACUAGCCUCUCAUUGCAAUAAGAUAUCAACCAUUCAGCUUCUAUAUGGAUACUGUGAUUUGAUUCUUUAAUAGUUUCAAUUUCAAAGGAUGUUGAUAAGGAGAAUGUACCAUGCUGUUAAGAUUCAUUGUUUGUUUUGGACACUGCAUUUGACCGUACUCCUUAGUGCAUUCAGGGUGUGACAUCACAGCAUCUGGACUCUGUGGAACACUGAUCCUUCUUUGGAUCGCCCAAUGGAACUUCUAACCAGGAUCUAUGAUUGUGAUUGGACAUUCACACAUUCCUCUGCUGCGUGUACAUUCUAGAAUACGUUGGACAUUGAAGACGGGAAGUUCCUGUUCAAGUCAAAGUCUUAUUGUAAAAGAAGAUGGUGGACUUAUGUUUGAAGAACCAGACAAAAAACUUGUGUUUUACAUAAAAAGCCAAAAAAGUAUGUUUUUUUUAUAUCUUGGAUUUUGUACUGUCUGUAAAAGGUAUUAUUAAUCUCUGCAUAUAUACAGGAAGGUUGUGUUGAAUCCUGUCUGUAUUUUAACCCAAACAAUCUGGUAUUUGUAAUGGUAGUGUUGGCUACACCAUCAGACAACUCCCCGAUGGUAGCCGAGCUGAACAUUGAUUGCAAUACGUGUAUGGCCUUCAUCUCAUUUCAAAUCAUAGCCGUUAAAAGUAGAUAGUUGACAGUUGGCUGUCUGAAGGUUUUCAAGCACCAAAUGGACAGUUGAUAUGUAUUUAACGUUUCAUGUUCAGGAUAUCCAGCAUAUAUAGAUACAAGGCUAUAUAGCAGUCAGGCAACAGGCUAGGAUAUGGAGUGUUAGGGGGAUUUAACACACAAGCAAAAGAGAUGUGGAUGGGAUUCAUUUGUUUCACAACAACCUAUAAUGUGAUAAAAUAUGACUUAUUUUAGUAUUUAUCUUGCCGCUGUGGCAGAAGAAGUGAUCAAUUUCUUUUUAUUUUAUUUUUAGAAGUCAUAUAUUCAAAACAAUCUUUUGUAGUUGCAUUUUUAUGUGAACGCUUUUAGUUUAAAUGAAGGGUAAAUUUCAAACGGCCUUGCUUUAUUGUGAUACUCAGGUUUUACUAGGCUUUUGUGUUUCAGGACAGAGUUCUUCAUAGUAGCAUUUGCUGUAAGUUCAUUUUCUGUUUGACAAUAUUUUAGAUCAACUUUGUAUAUAUUUUUUAAGAUUCUACAUUUUCAUCUGUUGUUCCAUAGAAACAACACACAGUGUACAUAUACGGGAAAAACUACCUUUUUCAAGUACCGGUACUGGAAAAUGGUUGUUUGUUAAAUAAUAUUUGCAUAUGUACUUUCACGCAAUUAAACCUUUUUUUUUCACCA